CCCCCAAACAGAUGUUUUGGUGCCAAGUUGCGCCAGUGCAAUGCAGUGCCAAAAUUGACUUACUGAACUGAUUUCAAAACAGUCGAGUCGGAGGAGCUCCUUAGCUCUCAACGCUAGUAAUACGCGCUUUAUCGAACGAACAGCAAUUUCGUAAUCUUGUUACUGCCAUAAACAAAUGAUUAAUUAUUCAUUAGCCUUGAUACAGUGCUCAAAGGUGAUCAAGUGAACAUUGUUGUACAACAGCUGAUCGUAAUAUAUUAGUGUUAGAAUUCAUAGUGAACGCCUUUUUAAAAAUAGUAGUUUUCUGAAUUACAAUAACUAGACUGCAUAAUGUCUCCCUCAAGAUUAGUUGCUUUACCUCUAAUUAAAGACAUGGCUAGCAAUGGGUCGAGAAUUGCUAUUCAAAGGUGUAGUUGGUUCGGAGUGCCGAAGUCGAACCAUAAGCGAUCAUUUUCCGGCAAUCCACGAAGAACGACGUCGUCUGUUUUGUCAGCGACAACUACAAACACAACAUUUGAAUCAAAAAGAAUGUCAGCUCAAGCAGCACCCUGUGUAAAAUGUGUGACUUACGAAAAUAUGAAUCCUGCAAUAAAGGUAAUGGAGUAUGCUGUCAGAGGCCCCCUGGUUAUAAGAGCAUCUGAAAUAGAAAAAGAAUUAGAAAAGGGUGCGAAAAAGCCUUUCAAUGAAGUCAUCAAAGCAAACAUCGGAGACUGCCAUGCAAUGGGGCAGGUCCCCAUCACCUUUAUUAGACAGGUGCUGGCCCUGGUCUCGUUGCCCGAACUCUUCAAUGAUUCCAGAUUCCCAGAAGAUGUGAAGAAACGAGCCAGAGACAUUCUAGCCGGCUGUAGAGGUGGAAGUGUAGGAUCCUACACAGAUUCUCCUGGCAUCGAAGUGAUACGCCGUCACGCCGCUCAGUACAUAGAGAGGAGGGAUGGAGGCAUUCCAAGUGACUGGCAGAACAUCAUCCUGUCGGCCGGCGCUUCUGAUGGAAUCAAGUCAGUGCUGAAGCUGCUGAUAGAGGAUGUGGAUGGCAAGAAGCCCGGAGUGAUGGUUCCCAUCCCCCAAUAUCCACUAUAUUCUGCUUCCAUAGCUGAAUUCAACAUGGAGCAGAUAAGUUAUUACCUGAAUGAGGAAAAGGGUUGGUCACUGGAUGGUAGUUUAGAGUUGGAGAGAAGUUACAAUGAGGCCAAGAAGAAGUGUACUCCACGUGCCCUGGUGAUCAUCAACCCUGGCAAUCCUACAGGUCAAGUGCUGUCAAAGAAAAACAUUGAAGAGAUCAUCAAGUUUGCUCACAAGUACAAUCUGUUUCUCUUUGCUGAUGAGGUGUAUCAGGACAACGUAUACGCCGAAGGUUGCAAGUUCCACUCUUUCAAGAAAGUGCUGAUGGAAAUGGGGCCUCCCUACAGCGAGAUGGAACUAGCUUCUUUCAUGUCUUGUUCAAAAGGUUACAUGGGUGAAUGUGGUCUGCGAGGUGGCUACUCUGAGGUUAUCAACCUAGAUCCUCAAGUCAAGGCCAUGAUGCUGAAGUGUAUAUCUGCCAUGCUGUGUCCUACUGUUCUAGGCCAGACUGUGAUGGAUUGUGUGGUGAACCCUCCCCAACCAGGAGAACCCUCGUACGAGAAGUUCAAGUCAGAGAAGGAAGGAGUGCUCAAAUCUCUGGCAGAAAGAGCCUCUUAA